CCUGCGCAGACGACCCAUCGUCAGUCGCGGCGGGCAUCAUACCAAAAUGAGGACGCUGACUAUUACGAUAUGGGUGGUGUUGGCGUGCGCCACAUCACUUGCCGUACCUAUCCAGGAGACGGCCAAGGACACUGAGUUAUCUCGUGAUAAACGCUCCCCUGGAGGUUGGCACUCUCCACCACCUGAGGGAGUGUGGAAGAAGAAACUCGUAUGGAAGGAAGACUGGAAACAAAUCUGGAAAACAGAAAAGAAACUGGUCUGGAAAACUGAAUGGAAGAAAGAAAAAGUACCAGCAUGGAAAACUGAAAAAGUACAACAAUGGAAAGAAGAGCAAGUACCUGCGUGGAAAGUAGUUCAGAAACCAAUCUGGAAGGAAGUGCAGGUACCCAUCUGGAAGGAAGUUCAGGUUCCAGACUGGAAAAAAGUAUGGAAACCAGUUUGGAAAGAAAUCCAAGUCCCUCACACUAAGGAAGUACAGGUACCUGAAUGGAAACAAAUCCACGUCCCUGAAUGGGUUAAGGAAGGAGUACCCGGAGAGAAAUACCUUGGCAAGGACGACCACGGUUGGGAAUACACCAGCCACGACCUCUGGAGGAAGAAGAUGAUCUGGAAGCCCGUAUGGAAGAAGGUAUGGAAGACAGAGCACAAGCAAGUGUGGGUAACUGAAAAGAAGCUGGAAUGGAAAGAAGAAUGGAAACAGGUCUGGAGGACUGAGAAGAAACAAGCGUGGGUCACCGAGAAGAAACAAGAGUGGGUAGAAGAGAAAGUACAAAUUUGGAAGACAGUCAAGAAAGAGGUUUGGGUGCCAGUACAGAAGAAGAUCUGGGUAGAGAAAUGGAAGCAGGUUCAGGUACCUGUAUGGAAGUCUAUUGAAGUGCCAGCGUGGAAGAAGGUAUGGAAACCAGUCUGGCAGAAGGUGUGGGUACCAAUCCACCACGAAGAACAUCACGAAGAACACCACGGAUGGGACUAAGAUUAGGUAAAAAUCUUCCUUGUACAUAUUUUUUAGUCAUUUGUUAACUAUUUGUUACCGUCAAGUACCAAUUUUUGUAAAUAUUUUUAUUUGUGUAAGUGCGGGGCGUACGCGAAGGUGAAUGCUUUCCGGCGAGUGUUAGAAAUAUUUUCUUUUCCAAAAUUGCGACUGCGAAAUGUGUUUAGCUUUGCGUGCGCCUUAGGAAGUGAGUUUUACGUAAUAGUUUCAUACAUUUUAACGCAGUUCACUUCCUCCUCUUGAGUCUAUUGUUCGUGGCCGACAAUGGGCCUGAUCCCAUGGCCGAUUCACUCAUGUAUACAUGUUAGUUUAACACUCGAAACAAUAUCAACUGCGUGCAUAACGUGUACAGCUUCCAUACAGAUUUGUUUACCGUCUAUAUUACUUGAAAAGUGGUAAAAGAGGCUUUAGUUAUUUUGUUAUGUCUGUUCAAAGACAUGUUUUUAAUUGUCUUUUUUGCUGAUUUUAAUUGUGGUAAUCUUUGUUUUGUAAUAGUGGAGCCAAAUAUAUUAACUUCUCAAAUAGUAUUCACAGUUUAUGCAAUUUUUAUCAGCAGAAAAGUGUUGUAUUGGAUUAACUUGUUAUGUCCUAUUUAAAUAGUUUUCAAUUUUUUUCUUAACUUUUUCCCCUUUUAGUGGAACAUAAACCAAAAAUUCAUUUCUUUUUGGACAUUGCAAUGUUAGUUCGAUCGGUUUAAAGGACGACCGGGUCACAAGUUCGUUUCUCGGUCGAUGUAAAGUACAAGUUUGUUUUGUUUUUAAGUUUUAGUAAUACAAGAGUUAUGAAUAAUGA